CCCGUCGGCCUCUAUGCGCUGCAUGCUUUUUGCACUGAACACAAUCUAGCCUGCAUUAAUCAUCCUCGGGUUUUCUCCACGGACACUCUUUCUUCCUUUCUUGUACUUGCCGUAGUGACAUGUCAGUUGGUCCUGGCAGACUUGUCCGGUCGUCUGCUACAUCGCUGCAUCCUAGAAUUUUUACACUGGCACCCACGCGAUCAGCCGUCACUCGUCCUACAAGCAUCCAUUCCUCCAGUAUACCACCUGCGCCCGUGGCAAGAUUAGGUGGUCUAUCUCGGCAUUUCUCCUCCUCACAAUCGAUCAUGGCUCCAAUUACCAAACAGUAUGACUACAUCGUCAUUGGGGGAGGAUCUGGAGGUAGCGGUGCGGCCAGAAGAGCCAGUGGCUGGUAUGGCGCAAAGACAGCGAUCAUCGAUGCAGGAGUUUCAGGAGGUUGCUGUGUGAACGUUGGGUGUGUGCCCAAGAAGAUGACCUGGAAUUUUGCCUCCAUCGCCGAAGCCAUGAAGGCAGGAAAGCACUACGGCUACAAGUUUGGCGAGCCCGAUUUUGAUUUCACGUCCUUUGUCGAGAAGAGAGACGCUAGAAUUAAGGUCCUCAAUGGCGCAUACGAGAACAACUGGGCAAAAGAGGGAAUCGACUUGAUCCACGGUACAGCCACAUUCAUUAACGAGCACGAAAUGGAAGUCAAGCCCAAAGACGGAGGCGAGCCUUAUCGGAUCACGGCACCACACAUUACCAUUGCCACCGGUUCAUAUCCCACAAAACCUGAAGGCAUCAAAGGCUCGGAAUACGGUAUUACAUCUGACGAGUACUUCUCGAUCAAGCACCUGCCCAAGAAGAUGGUAUUCGUCGGCGGUGGCUACAUUGCGGUCGAGCUUGCCGGUGUGAUGAACGCCAUUGGAGUUGAGUCCCAUCUGUUCAUUCGACAUAACACGUUCCUGCGAAAGUUUGAUCCCAUGAUCCAAGAGACCUUGACGAACCACUACGAAGAAUUGGGCGUCCACGUCCACCGCAAUCAUCCAGGUAUCAAGGAAGUUAUCCAGGUGAAGGCGGCAAAGGAUGAGUCCGAUCCGCGCGAGAAGGAACUUAAGCUUAUCAUGAACGAUGGAAGUGAGAUGGUUACAAACGAGCUGCUAUGGGCCAUCGGACGCGGCGCCGAGACUCGAGGUCUAGGUCUGGAGAACAUCCCUAUCAAGCUCGACAAGACUGGCCAUAUCGAGGUGGACAAAUACCAAAAUACGAAUAUUGACGGGGUCUAUGCGCUGGGUGACGUUUCGGGCCAGGUCGAACUUACUCCUGUGGCCAUUGCGGCUGGCAGACUGCUGGGCAACCGCUUGUUCGGUCCACCAGAGCACAAAGAUGCUCACCUAGAUUACGAGAGGAUACCAUCUGUGGUGUUUUCACACCCAGAAUGUGGAUCAACUGGAUUGACCGAACCGCAAGCUAUUGAGAAAUAUGGAAAGGAAAACGUCAAGAUUUAUCACACCAAAUUUUCGGCCAUGUACUAUGAUGUAUUUCCUCCUGAGGAGAAAAAGAAGGAGCCUACAGAGUUCAAGCUCGUCUGCAAACUGCCAGAGGAAGAAGUUGUAGGGUUGCAUAUCUUGGGCAAGGGCUGUGAUGAAAUGAUGCAAGGCUUUGGUGUUGCCGUCAAGAUGCGAGCGACGAAGAAGGACUUUGAUAGCUGUGUCGCUAUUCAUCCGACCAGCGCAGAAGAAUUGGUGACAAUGAGAUAGAAAGGUUAGACCACGUUGUAGUAUAGAGAUAAUAUGUCCAACCUAUACUCUUGGGAAGUACGGACUAACUUGGUCUCUGAUGGUUGCACUUUAAGAGAGUCAGGCAGUAUUGGUCCUUGUGUAGAAACCCCAGGCGCUCCCUGAAGCCUGUAACACGAGGCGCCAAGAGUAUGACGUCUGGGUAAACAGUGACCCGCGCCUGCCUAAGUACCAGGUAACCAACCAUCCACGCGACC